AUACCCGUCUGACAUAAAGGUUUAUGUUCGCCCCUUCAAAUAUCUACUACAAAAAAUUGCCAUCAAACAGUGCUGUGAUAGUGACAACUUGGCACCGGUGAAUACCAAUGGAUGGUAAAGUAUACCGUGACUACGUACCUUUUGUUCGGGAAGUGUUUCAAGUUUGUUGAAGUGUAUACCAGGUGCCUUAGGGCUACCGUCCUGAAAUUUAUUCAUUGGAAAGAAGCGGCAUGGCAUGAGCGGUGGGGUGGGCGCGACAUGCGGCGAGCGCCGCUCGCGCAACCCGCCGUCGUCGCUCUUGCGUUCUCGCUGCUCUUGCGACUCGUUAACGCUGGUUCAAUGGGCCCAGGUGUCCCAGAAAAUAUAACAGUGACGUUCCUAAAUCCAACCACGGUACGAGUUUCGUGGUCCACCACGGCGGACUUGGUGGAGAAGUAUGAUGUCACAUAUAAACCUUCCGACGCGAGAGUGGUGCUGGAGGUGGCUGGUAACUCAGACGCCGUCAUAUUAAGUGGACUAGAAGCUGAUACGCAAUACCAGGUCACUGUUGCCGCACUUUGGGGCGGACACAAGUACCGAAGCAGGCCCAUUGUCUUCCGCACGCUGGAGCCGCCUCGGACAUCACCGCAGCAAGACGGGGGGCUAGCUGACGCCACGCCCCGAUCUUCGGUGGGUCCACCCGACCCCUCACCCACCUUUCCAACGAUACGAGGGGUAGAAAUUGGAAUCGUAGUGAUGGUGUUGUUGGUAUGGAUUGGUGCCAUAGCGCUAUUCUUCAACCGGUGGGGCAAGAUUCGAAUGCUGCUGCCGUACCAGCCGGAUUAUAAACAGGAACAGUUAAAGGUGCCCGGCAGCAGUGCAUUAGCGGCAGCGGCAGCAGGCGGCACCUGCGGUGCUCACUCUGCACCAUCGGCAUGCUCGCACAUGCGUUGGUCCCACACGCACACACAGAGUCUGGAGUGUGAAGAGCAUCUACUGGCACGGUGUAACCGACCGCGCGUCAAUUCUGCCAUUUUCGUAUCUGCUGAGCCAGCUGGCUUCCCUGGGUUUGACGCUGGCGAAUUCCUGAGACGACACGGUUCACAGUCGACACUAUGUCGCAAGGCCAGGUCUGCUGACAACAUCCCCCUCACAACGAUGAGUGAGUCAUCAGAACGCCUUUGCAAAUCCAAGCCGCCACGAGAAGAGACUAUUAAUGAGGAAGCCAAGUCUGAUGAUAGCGGCAGUGUCGAGACGGUGAAGCACUUUGGAUUGCCUAUCCUUUCUGUCUCAGGCCCUUCUCCCCCAGAUGAGGACUAUGAUCAGAUAGAUGAGUAUCUGUAGCAUUUUCAUACAAGUUUCCAGCUCAAAUAUGUGCUGGAAAAAAUGAGGCCGCCCUGGCCUAGCCCCGCACAAAGUCCUAAAGCUGAUGACUAGACUGUAGCACUAUAUUGCACUGGACUUCUUCUAUGAACAUUUAUAAGUUUUGUGAUACGAAGUCUACGUCAUUAUCUAGCUAGGAAGUGACGAGUGAUUUAAAGCGGACUCUAUAGGCGCCAUAACGAAUUCCGAUGGAUUUCGGUUGAAUUCUCAAAAAUCUACAGUUACUUUAAAUGAGUGUCUUGUCAAGGGACCAUAGUUUUUAGCAUGGUGUGUUUAUUUCUCUAUAAUAUUUUUGUAUCUAAACUAUCUCGUGUCUCUAUUGAGUAUUUAAUGAUGAGUGUUUAUUAUAAAUUAUCGGCGAUUAGAAUUUUAAAAUUCACAUUUUUAAUAUAAAUAUUUAAGAACUGCACAAUCAAUAAUAUUUAAAUUUACAGUGCCACUCUUAACUUUAUUAAUGCUAAACGGACUAAACUAAGUCUAUUACGAUGUUCUCUUAGGCAAAUUUGUAAUAUAAGUAUUGUCUAUAAAUUGUAUGAAAAUUACUGUAUUAUAAGCCUACAGUAAAUUAGACGUUUCGUUUGUAUUCCUACCUUAGUUACUAGCGUACUGAGUGUAUUGUAAAACUUUGUCUGUAAUUUUUUACCCUUAACAUAAUAAUUACGCAAAUGUAAUACUUAUGUAGUCUCUUUUAGAGUGUAGAUGUAUGAAACGAUUUGAAGGUUGAACUUUGGUCCAAUGAAACGUAUUAACUGCACAGGUGUUUUAGAAAGUAAGAUACAGUACUGAGGUUUGGAUAUCAUCAGAGUGCGU